AUGGGGUCAUAUCACCCUCAAACGCCGGAUCGCCGGACGGGUAAGAAAUUGGAUCUUAUCAUUGAAGAUCUGAACUUGAAAUUCGAUCUCCGAAUCCCCAAUCCCUCGCUGUCGUCGCCCAGUUCGCGUGAGAGAGAGAAGCCACUCGACUUAAAAUGUUUCCUUGCCCUUAAAGAAUUACAUUUCAAAAACGUCAACAUCGAUCGCAUCUUGCAAAACUUUGAGGAGAGAGUGCAAGCAUGGGUUCCGAAGCCGAGACAAGAGCCGGGAACCCUACCCACGACGAGCAACUUUCUGAGAAGAGACGGCUACCGCAGCAUAUCGGCUGGCGAACGUAAGAAGCGUCUUGAAAUUCUUGAGGAAUUGCUCAGAGAUGAGAUCUAUCUUAUAAGAGGGGGAUCGUUUAGCCCCCAUGCGCUUGACCGCCUCCGUCGUCCAAGAGAUUUGUCGAACGGGCCACCACGACCUAGCGAUCAUGCACGUUCCCGAGCCCCCAGGCCAUCUGAGACAAAGAGGAAGUCUUUCGAUGAUGAAGAGUCAAUGGAGACCGAGGACGAGUUCGAAGACUCCGUUUUUGACGAGAUGGACGCUGACGAUUUUUUUCUCGAUGACGAUCAGAAACCCGAAUCCCCAAAGAAGAAAAGACAAUCGAGAAUCUCCGAUUACAUGAAGGUUGUCAAACCUGACCAAAGUUCAAGCAAUGCCAAACCCCAGCCGAUGCCUGCCCCACAAAAUGAACUGAACACUAGCUUCGCAACUACCGUGACAUCCGACUCCGACGACGACAUCUUUGAUCCGCCGCGCGAUCCUCGUGCGCUGGGCCGAUCGUUUGACACCGAUAUCACAGAGCCAAUGGAAGAAAGCCUGACUCAGGACAGCUCAACCGUUGGAGUCAUGCUUAGCGAAGAGGUGACAUCGAUUUUGCAAGCAGUUGAAGGAGAAAGUUUCUCUACGUCGAAAGCACAUCCCGAGCAAGACCUUGCCGAACAGAAGCUUCUCAAUGAUCUUCUCCAAAACGGUCCAUUUGCCAAAAGAAAGUAUUUACCAAGCUCGGUUUCUCUGCGGGCUAGAUAUGAGCUGGAGAGAAUCGCUGAGGAAUGGGGGAUCCCUCUCAAGGAUGUCCUAGCUGGGGACAAGGAUCCCUUCAAUGACCAUGAAGGCUUCUGGAAGUGGAUCGAAGGACACACCCAGCGACAUGGGAAAGCCCUCCCGGAGAAGUCGCCUGCGAAGGCUUGGGAUGCAGCAGUAAACCAAUUCAAGGUCGUGGACAAGCAUUCUGAAGUCGUCGUGCUCACUGGCGCACUGAACUGGCGCGACAAGUCCGAGGCUGGGAUUUUCAAACUGAAACUCAAUCCCCUCAAAAUUGAGCGAAGCUGUCGCUUCCAUCGUCGAUUCGGUUCCGACCGGUUUCUGAGCCUGACCAUCCCUGCGCCUUCACGGCCCCCUUCCCACCUUCGCUUUAACUCGCAUCCGUCGCUUCUUCGUGAAACUAUCGCCAAGUGGCUCACUCACUACGAACACUACCUCCUGGGAAGAACAUGGCGGGCAUUCUACGUGGAAGAUGUCAAGAGCAAGAGCAAGAAAAAUAAGAGCGACAUUCGAUUCAGAGUGGAAUUCUUCGCUGUUGACGGAAUUGACUUUGAUCACAGCCGUUCCGCACCCUCCUUGGCGCCCAUCAACCAGCCCUGUGACAAGCACACCCCCAUGAGUGUGGAAGCAUUGCUGGAGUGGCACAUGCCGCGCCAUGCGAAUAUGGACCAGACAGACUGUAAACUUUUCCAGCGGAUCGCCCUUGGACUCUCCAAGACGUGGGCCAGCGUGGUUCUCCGUCCAGAGGAGAUUCUGCAUCUCGAAGACGACAAGAGCAAGCCGGAGGUCAUGAAUGACGGCUGUGCUUUGAUGUCGAGAGCGCUGGCUCGAGAGAUCUGUGACCACCUCGGGAUCCAAGGAAGUACGCCCAGCUGCUUCCAAGGCCGCAUUGCGGGAGCCAAGGGACUGUGGAUGGUGGACCGACAGAAUUCGCCCAUCCACGCUGGUGAGAGGGAUUUCUGGAUUCAGAUUUCGGAUUCUCAGCUGAAAGUCAAACCCCACCCACACUACUGGUCUCCGAAGUCGGCGGACGAUGAACAGUUGACGUUCGAGGUAGCCAACUGGUCCAAGGAGUUGCAUCCCGUCGAACUGAAUGUGCAGCUCCUCACCAUUCUGGAGGAAAGGGGGCCGGUCCGGGAAUAUAUCGCGGAGGUGAUGCGCGACGGAAUCCGGCAGAUGUAUGGAGAUUUCGCGGCGGUGAUCGAGCAAGACAGUCCACAGCUGGCCAGACUCCUGGUGAAGAAAAUCAGGCCUCGGCUGGAGGACAGUUUCUCGCGCAACAGCUUCAGGCGCAUCGACCAGUGGAUCCUCGAUGACACCAAGAGUAUCAUCCGAUUUUUGGAAGCCGGGUUUUCUCCUAGAAACUUCAGCCUUUUACGAGACUGUUUGAGGCGCUGUCUUGUCCACACGCUGGACCGCUACGUGACGGAGCUUCACAUCCCCAUCCCGUUGUCGACCUACGCGUAUAGCAUUGCCGACCCGUACGACGUUUUGGAAGAAAAUGAAGUUCAUUUUGGCUUUUCGCGCGAGUGGCCAGAUGUCGGGUUCGACGACACCAUGCUGGACGGAGUGGAUGUGCUCGUCGGCCGCCUCCCAGCCCAUCGACCCUCAGAUAUUCAGCGACGACGGGCGGUGUGGAAGCACGAGCUACGUCACUUCAAGGAUGUCAUUGUCUUCUCUAGCCGAGGAGAAAAGCCGCUGGCGAGCUUACUGUCCGGCGGUGACUACGACGGCGACAAGCCAUGGAUCUGCUGGGACCCGAGGAUUGUGGGUAGUUUUAAUGAUGCCCCUCCUCCAAAGAAAGAACUCCCGCCCGAGCGUUUUAGGCUCACGAAACACGCACGGCCGAUGCGUGAGGUGCAAUCGACGGAAGAAUUUCUGGAAGGGACGUUCAAGUUCAAUUUGACCCUGUCCAAUCUGGGGCGAUGUACUGUCGAACACGAGAAGAUCGUCUACGAGGAAGAUGAAUCAGUCGGCUCGGAAAAGGCACAAGAGCUGGCAAUGCUCCUCAGCCAUCUUGUGGACGGGCGCAAGGCGGGUCUCCAGCUGUCGGAGAAAGCCUGGCAGGAAUAUCGGAAAGAGAUCAGCCCUCGCAAACGGGGGGUGCCCGCGUACAAGGACCCUGGCGCCACCAGGUGGAAAUCGUCCAACAUCAUCGACUACCUGAAAUUCGAAGUGGCUCAAAGGGAGAAGCAUAAUGUCUUGACACGGUUUACGGCGCUCUACGAGGGAUUAGGGGGAAAGGAUAGUCGAGAUUCAGAUCUCAUUCGUCCGUGGCAGAAGGCUUGGACGAGGGCGCAAAGGGAGAAGGAGGUGUCGAACAACAAAUUAAUUGAUGCCCUCCAAGAGGUCCGACGGCGUGUGGAGGAUGCCAAGAGCCGAUGGGCAGACUUCUGCUGCAGGGGGUUCAAGAAACCGUAUGAUGCUGUCGUCCAGCGAGCGGCGGAUCUGAUCCGCGAGAUCCAGCCACCGGAUUGCGACCACCCGCUGGUGCAUACGUGGCAGAACAGCGAGUAUGAGUGGCGGACGUUGCUGGCAUCGUGCACGUAUGAGCGAUACCGGCAGCACAAGUUUGCCUGGUAUGCGGUUGGGGAGACGCUGUGCCGGAUCAAGACGGGCGAUGGGCCGGCGCGCCUCGUGUGCGAGAGCAUUUACUACUGCAUGAAGGUGAACAGCAAAGUGUCGCGACGGCUGGCAGCGAUGGAAGUGGACGAUGGCGAUGACGACGCGGGGGUUGACGACGACGAGUUUGAAGGCAAAGAGGCGAUUGAAAUGUUGGUCGAUCGCGAUGACGGGAGCACGGCCGGUUUGGCGACGUUGGAUUACUUUGAUGACGAUGAGGAUGGACUGUCGGUGGAGUAA